AUGGAUGUGAGCAAGCUUGAGGAAGGUAGUGUAUGUGGUGGGUUGGGCACCCGAGGGAAAACUGACUGGCUCCUCUGUCCCCAGCAGAACUCCACAAAGAAGUCAGGGGAAGACCAUUUGGCUUGCAAAUCCCAACCUGUACCAGGAGAAGCCACAGAGAAACAGCAAGCUUCUGGUGAACCAAAGUUACAAAAGCCCCCAGGGAAUGGGACCAAACGAAAAAGAUCUAUGAAAGAAGACAAAGAAAAGACUGCACAAGACAAAGGAAGAGUAAGAAUUCGGAAGAAAGUCCCUAUUCCUCCAUUACCUUCCACACUGCCACCAGCCAACCUGCUUCACAGAGACGUCCUGCGGGCCUGGUGCCAACAACUACAGCUGAGCACCAAAGGCCAGAAAUUAGAUGCAUACAAGCGGCUGUGUGAAUUUGCUUACCCUAAUCAAACGAGCAUUCCCCUCACUGCAAAGGAGGCCAAGAUUCUCUCACCAUCACAAAAAAGAUCAAGGAUGGAAACAGGGGAAAUGUCUCUGGAAAAUUCCAUGAGAAAGAUCUCUUCUCAUGGAACCCAUCCUCCUGAGAUGGCUGCUUCCUCUGAGGGUGGGGUGCAGGCCCCUGUUGGGUCUGAUGCUCUCUCGGAGGGAGUCGAAACUGUGGUUGUGACAACUUCAGCCCCAGAGGCUGUGUUUGCCUCCUGGUCCAAAAUUGCAGCCAGGGCUGGGAAGAUGGAGACGGUGGAAUCGCCACAGGACUCCUAUGGGGUCCGGUGGUGCGUGGUCCAUGGGAGAAGCCUGCCUGCAGACCCCGGGGGCUGGGUUCGCCUGCAGUUCCACGCAGGGCAAGCCUGGGUGCCUGAGAAACAGGGGAGAGUGUGUGCCCUCUUCCUACUACCUGCCUGCAAUUUUCCACCCCCACACCUGGAGGACAACAUGCUGUGCCCCAAAUGUGUACGGAGGAAUAAGGUGUUAAUGAAAAGCCUCCAAUGA